AUGAGCAUCACAACUGGGCUUUCUAUUCGCCUUUCCAGGCGAGCUGUCCCCGCAUUCCGCAGCCAGAGGCAGUUCAGCUCCGCACGCUCGAUGCUGAAGGAGAUUCAGGAUGCCUACAUUAUUAGUGCGUCUCGAACCCCGACAGCCAAGUUCAAUGGUUCGUUCGCUUCCGUCACAGCGCCUGAGCUAGGUGCUGUCGCCAUCAAAUCUGCUCUGAGCAAGUCCAAAGUUCCCGUGGAGAAGAUCACCGAUAUAUACAUGGGAAACGUCUUGCAGGGAUCGGUCGGUCAGGCCCCCGCUCGCCAGGCGUCCAUCUUUGCCGGCCUUCCCUCUACCGUUGAGGCAACGACAAUCAACAAAGUGUGCGCAUCGGGCCUAAAAGCAGUGGCUCUCGCAGCUCAAAACAUUCAACUCGGUUUAGCAGAGGCACAAGUGGCUGGUGGCAUGGAAAACAUGACCCGAGUACCGUACUACAUGCCUCGUUCCAGUCAGCUGCCCCCCUUCGGUGAAAUCAAACUGGAGGAUGGUCUGAUCAAGGAUGGCCUUUGGGACGUGUACAACCAAUUCCACAUGGGUAUCUGCGCGGAGAAGACUGCCAAGAAAUAUGAAGUCUCGCGAGAAGACCAGGACGAGUAUGCCAUUCGCUCCUAUGAACGGGCUCAGCAGGCCUGGAAAGAGAACCGUUUUGCAGACGAGAUUUCCCCCGUCACAGUCAAGAGCAAGAAGGGCGAGACUAUUAUUGAACGGGAUGAGGGUUAUGAGAGCCUCCGUACGGACAAGUUGAAGUCUCUGAAGCCCGCAUUCCUACGGGAUGGAACUGGUACCGUGACUGCAGGCAACGCUUCUACUAUGAAUGAUGGUGCAUCUGCUUUGGUUCUGGUCAACAAGGACUUGGCUCGGGAGUUUGGCGCUGGUGGACGAGUGCUGGCUCGCAUUGUUUCCACUGCCGAUGCUGCCAUCGACCCGGUAGACUUUCCAGUGGCUCCGGCCAAGGCUGUUCCGAUCGCUCUUGAGCGUGCUGGCAUUACUAAGGACCAGGUGGCCGUAUGGGAAUUCAAUGAGGCUUUUGCCGCUGUCAUUAAGGCCAACGAGAAGAUUCUUGGUCUGGAGGAUGCUAAGGUCAACAUGCUGGGUGGUGCUAUCUCUCUGGGUCAUGCUCUUGGCAGCUCUGGAUCUCGGAUCUUGGUAACUCUGCUCCACCAGCUCCAACCUGGUGAAUAUGGUGUGGCUGCCAUCUGCAACGGUGGCGGCGCGGCUUCUGCUAUGGUCGUGCAGAGGCUGGAACGUGUGGAUUAA